AUGCCCGAGCGAGACGAGGAGACUCCAUUGCUGAACAGCAAGCAAGACACCUCACUCUUGGCUAAUACGCAGGGACUUGCGCACUUUGACUUUUUCCUCCUGCUAUGCGCAAUUUAUUCCGGCGUCAUCCUGGCUGCCCUGGAUGCGACUGUCGUGUCGACCCUCAUGGCCCAUAUCGCCAGCGACCUCAAGGCUCUUGACAACAUCUCGUGGGUUGCCACAGGAUACACUGUGUCCUACUCUGCGUUCCAGCCCUUGUAUGGUAAGCUUUCGGAUAUCUUCGGCCGUAAAAAGAUUAUGAUCUUUUCAACCAUCACGUUUGGCGUCGGCUGCCAAAUCUGUGGGUUGGCCAAUGGCCUCCCACUGUUGGUUGCAGGACGGUUUAUUUCGGGAAUUGGUGCUGGCGGUAUGCUUUCCACGUCCACAAUUACCGUGAGCGAUUACGUUCCCCUCCGAUCUCGGGGAGUUUUCCAAGGUAUCGGCAACAUUUCCUUUGGUACCGGUGCAUCCAUGGGCGGUAUUUUUGGAAGUUGGGCUACUGGCUUUGGUAGUUGGCGCUAUGCGUUUACUCUACAGGUGCCGCUCACUGUUGCGGCUCUCAUCAUCAUGAUCUGGAGAGUCCGCGACAAGAAGGCCGGCGAUAAUGAGAUCGUGACAAGUAACGUACAUGCUGAUCAUGUUGUUCGCCGCAACAGUUUUGAGCGUGUGGAUUUCGUCGGCUCUCUUCUCCUCGUACUAACUCUACUGUGCUUCAUGUUCAGUGUUACCAUGGGGGGUCAAUUGGGCUGGUCGUCUUUCGUCAUUGUCGGCGGCUUUGUCGCAUCGGUUGUUUGGGGAAUUCUCUUCUACUAUUGGGAGGUCUAUAAAGCAGUUGAGCCCGUUCUACCUAUCGAUAUUUUGAUGCAUCGCACUGUCAUUUCUGCAUGUCUCACCAACUUUUUCUGUUCCGCCAUGACAUUUGCUGUGCUCUAUUACAGUCCCAUCGUUAUGACUGCUUUGUUCGACUACACAUACACCACGCUGGGACGCCUUUUGAUUGCCAACUUUAUUGGCGUGGCUUUGGGAUCAGUGGGAUCGGGAAUUUACAUGAAACGCACAGGUCGGUACUAUCGGAUCAACAUGUCUUCAAUUAUGUUUAUGAGUAUUGCCUUGAUCAUGUUCUAUCUUAUGCCUACUCUUCGCGAUUCUAUUGGCCAGUCUAAAGUUUACCAGGUAGUCUCGUACUUCCUGAACGGUCUGGGCUACUCAAUCAUGCUCACCGUCUCGCUUAUCGCCCUCAUCGCUGCCGUGCCUCCAGAGAGCCAGGCUACCAGCACUUCAGCCCAGUACACUUUCCGCGGUGCCGGCUCAUCUGUUGGUAUCUCGCUGGCUGCUGCUGUUUUCCAACACAGUCUCCAUAGCUCUUUGGUCAAGAAUAUUACAGGCAAGCAUGCGAAGGAGAUUAUCGAGGAGGUUUCACGCUCAGUCGAAGCGAUCCGCCAAAUGCCUGAAAAGUACCAGCCAGCGAUUAUUGAGUCCUACGCUCAUGCCGGCCAGAAUGUGUUUCUUUUGGGUCUCGCCAUCAGCAUUUUUUCGUUUGUUGCCGCUGCGUAUACCGAAGAACAUUCGCUUGAGCGCACGGUCUCGACCAACGAUGACAGCGAGGUUGAAGUUUAA